AUGCAGAUGACCGCUCAGUUGGACGAGCUGACUGGCGCACUCAAUCUGAUCACCCAUCCCGAGGAGCUCUCCGAGUACAACAGCCUCGUCGACCGUUUCCGAGCUCUCACCCGCUUGCUCAGCCCAAUCGUGAGUUUAAAACUAAAACUGGGAAUUCUCUUCAAUGAUAACUAAUUACAGAUUGAGAUGGAGUGCAUGUCCGACUACGACUACAUUCUUGAAGUGUACGACACGGCUUUUGGCGCGGGACAACGGGUCAUCAACUAUGAUUUUCCGGUCGCAACAACCAAGGAGGAGUUUGCAGUAAGCAUUUUUAAGAGAUUGAGUGCUAUGGGAAAAUACUCAUUUUUGCGCUUUGCUGAUUGAUUGUUGUUAUAUUUCAGGCAAUGACGGCCAACCUGAAAGACGUAGUCAACCGAAUGGAGUCUGUCGACCGUGUUCUUGCCUUCUGCUUCCGCAACAACUUCAUCCGUUUCUACUGA